AUGGAUUUUGGAACUAUAUUUUUUACGCUAGUACUUGCCCUGGCAAAUACCUUUUGUACAUCUGCUCAACCAGAAAUGACCUUCCUCGAUGCUCCCAUAUUUAGAGGGAUUUAUCGUAACCUGCACGAUCUGCUUUUCAAUACUGUUGGUCCUAACAGUGAAAAUCCAGCGCGGUUAAAGCAGGCUCGUUUACAAGGGAAAAUACAAUCUCCUAUCUCGAUGGCACAAGAUUUUCCGUGUGCAACGGAGGGUAUGCGUAGUCCGCAGGUUCCAACAUCCGUGCACAAACUGCGCCCUGGUGAUAUCGAUGUGAUAGCGGCACUCGGCGAUUCGCUCACCGCCGGAACGGGAGUGCUCGCUACCGGCAUCCUGGAUCUAGCUAUCGAGAACCGUGGUCUAGCGUGGAGCAUUGGAGGGCAAGGUACCUGGCGCCAGUACCUAACUGUUCCGAAUAUUCUGAGAGAGUUUAAUCCUAACCUUAACGGAUACGUCGUCGCCGACAGUCUGUCGACGGAUAAGGCCUCGAGGUUUGAUGUGGCUGAAAUCGCGGCAAUGAGCCAGGACCUGCCGCACCAGGCGAGAAAUCUCAUCAAGCGCAUGCAGGCUGAUACGAAUGUCGACAUAAAGAACCACUGGAAGCUGAUUACCAUUCUAAUCGGGCACAAUGAUUUCUGUAGCCGUGUCUGUUACCUACCGAGCCCGGAAAAGGCACUCUACCUGCACGAACAAAACCUAGUCCAAACGCUGCGCAUACUUCGCAAGUACCUGCCUAGAACUAUGAUUAACAUUGUAGCAACAAUAAAUGUUAGCAUUUUGAGGACGUUCAAUCCUCGUCCCGCACAGUGUGUAAGUACGCAUUCGCUCGAGUGCCCGUGCGUGUUUGGUUUGCGGUUCCAAGGCAUGCAAGCGCGUCUUGACCGAAUCAUGCAGCAGUGGAACCACAUCCAGGAAGCCGUUGCCAACCGGGACGAGUUCCAGAACGUGACCGACUUCACCGUCAACUACCAGUCGUUCCCGGAGCGGUUGACGUUGCCAACGCUGGCGAACGGGGACACGGAUGCAGGCGUCGCAUCAGUCGAUUGCUUUCAUUUCAGCCAGCGCGGCCACGCGAUCGCUGCCAACAGCUACUGGAACAACAUGAUCGAUCAGGUCGGCAACAAAUCGGGUUUGGUACAAAGAGAGUUUGAACGGUUCAGUUGUCCAACGAAAAGGAGACCGUAUCUUGCGACGCAGCAAAAUGCGGAUUAUGUUAUCUAG